CAGGGACAGUUGAUGAAUGGUCAGGAGGAGGAAAAACCCAAAAUAAACAUGAUGAAAGGCAGAGGAAGUACAGUUCGUGGAAUAUUACAGAUCUCAAAUUUUUGCUGCUCUUCAGAAUCAGAAGAAAGACAAAAACUAUAAGAUGUCCGGCUUUCGUAGCUUUGUCUGCUCCUGCGUAGUCGCGGCUCUGGUGCUGAACCCGCAGGUGGCGCGGUCAACGGCACUUGCAGACGAGGACCGCGCCGCUUUAUCACACGAUAGAGAAUUGGUGCAGAAUCUGAUAGUGGAGUUGGAAACCGAGGAAGCGGAAGCUCGAAAAAAGGUUCAGAGGGUUGUGGUUGCACACUCAAAUGUAGAACAAGGCAGUGAAGGGGCUUCAUCGACAUCAGCUUCAGGCACAUCAGAGCAGGACAAGAGCUGGUUUACUCAGGGUCGCCCACCGCCAGGUUGGCUGCAACGUUUAGCGCAGAUUUUGGAGCGUCGAGCAGCCGAACAAAACGAGGACUCUCUGCUGCCAAAAGAGAAGUUUGACGAUCAAUGGACAGUUUCACCGAAGUUCAGGACAGAGCUACUAGAGGGAUGGAAAAGUAUAGUUUCAACAUCAGGUGGAAAAGUUGCAGGAGGAGACCACGACCAACAACCACCAACAACCACGUCUAUCAGCGUCGUUGUCGAGGUCGGCACAUACAUUGGCUACACGACUCGCUUCCUAUCCAAGAAUUUUGAUGUAGUGCUUGCCUUGGACGACAACCCUACGUUCUUGCAGUUGAACCAGGUCUACAAUCGAGAUCGUGGCAACAUCAAUUUCAUACAAACAGACACAACGUCGUUGGACUGGGCAAAGGGGGGUCUCUUUCAAGGAAUAGCGACAGAAGUAGCUAAGCGUGUCCUACGAAAUAUCAGAAAAGCAAGGCAAGACGAAGAAGCGCGUACAAGUACAGAAAAAGGAGAAAAAUCAGUAACAACUACAGGCAAGGAUGACGCCGUUAGCAUGGAACUGGAAGAGCAAGCACUUGUCGCUGAUUUACUCACCUAUGAGCCUCCAGCACCACCAGUAGCUCCCGUACCCGUUGUACUACAGGGAAACCAACGACACGGAGCAUCAAGUACUAGUACCUCCACGUCUGAACACACCUCGCAGAAUUUAGUCAAUUGGCUUGUUUUCCUAGAUGCUAGUCACGAUUUCGCUUCAGUUACCAAGGAGUUGCUCGGUCUCCUCGGGUCCACAAACGUUCCAGCAAGAUAUUUCUUGUUCGACGACUUCUCUGCGGAGCCGUCAGGAGUGCAACCCGCUGUACUCCUUUUCGUGAAACACGGCUACCUGCGACGCGUUCGCUAUGUAGGCGAAACAGUUCUUCCUUUGAGAGACGGACGUACAGUUUUAGGCCCAGAGGGAGUGCUCUGCGAGCGCAUCCGUGAACCCGAACCAGGACUGGGGAGUGGAAGUACAGUGCUGGAGCAAGAGAGGAAUGUGGUAUUUGAUAUCCUUUUGCUGGUUCUAAGACGUAUCAUCGAUCUGUCAUGAUGAACCUUCUUCAACACGUCCAUCUAUCUGUGCGGAUUAUCUAAGAUUCUUCCUCUCUAAUUCGUCGAUACUUGAAGGCCAUACUCAACAAUCACACUACAGUUGCAGACCUUCGUUCAGCUAUUAGCUAUGGAACAGUUGCCUCAAGAGACCUGGGAUCAAGUUUUAGAGGACUUGCGACAAGCGGCUGACGCAAAAGACGGCGUUUGCUCUGGCGUUGUGAGGUCUGAUGGCUCUUGCGAGAGGGGAAAGGUCGUGAAAAGUGACGAAGAUGUGGAAGGCAGGAAACCUCCACCGCCCACUGCACCUCCUCCAGCGCGUGUUGAUUUGUAAGGACGUUUUGUUCUACAUUGUACAUUGUAGUACAAGAUGAAGAAGGAACUUUGUCGUGCACAUCGAUGAACAGCGAGGAGACUGCGAAGCAGUUGUUGUCACCAAGCUAGCAUGGAGAGGC